AUAGUGCCGCGUCAAGCUUUACGUUAUACGUAUUCAACCUGUUUACCGCUGGAAAAAUACUAUAAUUGUUGCAUUUUUUUACACGCUUUUGUUAGUAAUAUUAUAUUGUGAUAGUGAGGAAAGACGAUGCUCCUGAUCCUUGGUCUUACGCAGUAGAAUGGCCGCCAUUUGAGGUUUCCCUUGUUUUAUGCAAAUACACACGCACGUGGUAUUCAGUUGUAACCAUCGAGUUUCACUGCUAUGUACUGAACUUGAAGUUAAUCCAUAUAUGAAGACAAUUAUCGAACAUGAGUGAAAAAAUGACGGAGGCCGAUUCCUAUCGAAUAGUUGAACUUCGUGGCGAACGAAAUGAGAAAGGGCAGAAAAUUCUCGAAAUUGUGGACAUCAAGUGGAUGUACGAAGAGGAUACAGAUGCAAAGCGAGGCGUCUGCUAUUUCCCUCCGGAAAAGGUGUAUGGAAAGUUGGAAAAAAUUCUAAGAUCUCAUAUUGAUCCAAAAUUGACAUGGGAUCAAUUUGACGUGGAGAUUUUUACUUCUGCCGAUAAUUAUGAAAAGGCCCAGAGGAGACUCAAACGUUUGUAUAAAAGACAUUCAGAUAUUGAGUCAAAUACUUCUGAUGGUGAUGAAAGCCAACAAAUUUUAAUUUCAAAGAAGCGUGCUGCACAAACAACAAACUCUGCAAGUCUUUCUCAGAGACUUCCACAAACCAAAGGAGAGAGAAAGCUCGAGUUGCAAACACAAAUGCAAUCACUACGUGAUGGAGGAAAAAAUGAUCCGUUAAAAGUGUUCUUUAUGAAGUAUUUGGACAUAAAAUUGGAGUUAUUGGUAUUUAAACUGCAAGACGACAUCCAGAAUGUUAAGCGAGCCCAGCAGUAUGACCUGAACAAGAAAAUUGAGGACUUAAAAAGCUUAAUUUCAUUUCCACCAUCACACAACAGUACUGAGUCUUCAGCAAAAAGUCAAUUGGGCGUCGAAAUCCCAAUAUCCACUUUGGAGAAUUUCGAAAUGUUUGAGCAAAUGUUGGAUUCCAAGGCUGAGAGGAAUGUAGCGAACCCUGAUUCAGCGUUGGAAAAGCAGGAAAUACUGAAACGAGUGAUGAAGAUUUUAGCACAAGGGACCCAUGAAUGGGAGAAGACAGUGAAAGCAAUUUUGCAGGGAUUAAUAAAAAAGGCUAUGCAACAACAUUACAGUGGUUUGGGUCGUAAGGUACACGGGGUUGGGAAGAGAAAUUUUAGCGCUACUAUAUCUUUUCUUUGCAUGAAAGACGUAAUUGAGCAAAUGUACGAAGGAAAGUCUGAGAAAUUGAGAAUCCAAUCGGCAACAAGUUCAUUUUUGGCACUCUGGCGAGAUCGUGAAGGAGCAGGUGCUGAGCGCCGAAGAGCUACACGAAACGAUACUUUAUAAAAUACUUUAUAUUCUAUGCUUUAUAUCUAGGAUGUAAGUUCUACCAGUACCAAAUUUAUAGCUUUCCUAUAAAAUAUUAUCUUAGAAAUGUACUGCUGUUAAUUGA